CUGUGGCGGAGCCCUUAAAGGGCGCGGGCCGCGGUCGCGUGUCCCUGUGUCUGCCGGCGUGUCCGUGGCUGUCGCAGCGCCCGCCCUGCCCGCCCGCGGGAUGCUGGCGCUGAGCGCCGCCCGCCGCUUGCUUCGCCCACCUGGGGACCUGCUGCCGCCGCUGGGGCUUGCCUGCAUUCGGGCGGCCGGUGCCCGCAGCUGCAGCGGGGCUGGCGCCGGCUCGCCGAACCCGGUGGUGUACUUGGACGUGGGCGCCGACAGCCAGCCGCUGGGACGCAUCGUGCUGGAGCUGAAAGCUGACGUGGUCCCAAAGACAGCAGAAAACUUUAGAGCUCUUUGUACUGGUGAAAAAGGAUUUGGGUAUAAAGGAUCCACUUUUCACAGAGUGAUUCCUUCAUUUAUGUGCCAGGGUGGUGACUUUACAAAUCAUAAUGGAACCGGUGGAAAAUCCAUUUAUGGCAGUAGAUUUCCAGAUGAAAAUUUCAUACUUAAGCACGUAGGACCUGGUGUUCUUUCAAUGGCCAAUGCAGGACCCAACACAAACGGAUCCCAGUUCUUCAUUUGCACUGCAAAAACUGACUGGCUAGAUGGAAAGCAUGUUGUUUUUGGGCACGUAAAGGAAGGAAUGGAUGUUGUGAAAAAAAUCGAGAGCUUUGGUUCCAAGAGUGGAAAGCCCUCCAAAAAGAUUGUCAUUACUGACUGCGGCCAGCUGUCCUAACCUUUUGCCCUACCUUUCUUGACAACUUUGAUGCUGUGAAAAAUGAAUCAUAAAAACACCCAAACAUUUCUUAUCCCACGAGUAGCACCUAUGGAACCAUGUUUUUUAUUUAACUUGGUCCAACUUUUAUACUUUAUUGAAUAGUAUUGAUUAAAACCAUAAAAUAAUAGCUGAAGCAUGUUGUAACUGCACUACCACGGUAGUCACACUGGUUUGGUAGAGUCCCCUUGUAUUUUGCAAGAAGUGCUAAGGUCACCCAGGGCGUAUCUGACUGCAGUGUUGAUACUGUCCUUAGUAUUUGGAUGUUUCAGGUGUUAGAAUGGGUGCUGGAGUUGACAGCAUGGGUUCUGCAGUUGGGGGUUAGGUAUAAACUGAGAAAUGUUGUGUUGCCUUUGGUACGAAUAAAUGCUUAUUCUGUUGUUUGUCUCAUCACUGAAGCAGUACUACUGACCAGUGCUCUCAAGGCUGUCUGCAACAACACUGGCAUUUUCUUCGUGUCUCAGGUUAAAGUCUAUCCAAUAGAUUUAAUGAGCGACUGGGUUUUUUAAAAAUUAGUUCUGGUUUAAUCUUUUUUCUGAUACAUCUUUUUUCUUUGUCAGACUGCUUUAUAAAAAUGUACCUUACCUGCUUCAGUGGAGCAAUUUGACUUUUGGGUUAAAUAAAUUGCUUUAGGUUGAGUUAGGCUACUACUGAAGCUCUACCUGGCAAUAAGACCCCAGCUCAAUCGAGCCAAAGCAUCUCAGGACUUUUUUAUUACGGAACUGUGAACCUGAAGUGUGCUUCUGCUCUGGGAUCUGGUUCUGUGAGGAAUACAGCUCAGCUCUCAAUAUAUGGCCUAUUUUUGCACUUUGAGAAUGUAAUCAGUAUAGUGAGCUUGCUUGAGUGAGAAAUACAUUUGAUUGCCUUUUUGUCAUGUUGAUCCUGUGAAGUCAGCCCACCUUGGGUAUUAGAUUAUGAUUUCUUCUUAUGCAUCAUCAUUAUAAGUUAGAAUUGGUCACCACAGAAUCACAUAGCCUAACCAGCACAGCAAAACUCUUAUUGUUGGGGUUUGUGCAUGAGAAGGAAAGAAUUCAGGUGAUCAGCUGAAGACAUUUCAUUUGUAUGAAGCAGUAUGUAUGUUCUAUGUGGCAUGCUUGAGCAGCAACAAAUGUUGGAACCUCACACCAUCGCCUUUGGAAUCACUAAGGCUGUAAAGUAUCAAUGAUUGUAGGAAAAAGCACAUGAUUGUUUUGUACAAUAAUCUUGUUACCGAAGAGAAAAAAUAUGAUGGCUUUCUUCAAAAGUGAAUUUAUUUUCAUUGCAGGAUGAUAAUAUGUGGGUUUAAAACUAUUUUGUACUGGAUUUUUUUACGCUGAGGGCUGCACUCAUGUGCAAGGUAAUAUUUGGGAUGUAAUUUUGCAAAAAAAUUGAAUUGAAGAGCUUUUUGUUCUUUCCACUGUAGCUGUUUCAUCUUUGUACUUUUUAAAUAUUAAACUUCGUUGGUUUGGCUUA